CUCCGCGCUCUCUUGCUUCACUCGUUCACUCAUUUCGCGGGGUUUUGUAUUAGGACAUCUUGAAGCAGGACCAACGAAGAGAUGACCUCAGUAUGAGAACACGCCAUACCCGUAGCCCAAUCUCCCCUUACGAUUUAUGAUAUCCGGUGUGCCAUUGUUUGGGUCCUAGAUAAGCGUCGAUAACCGCCUUCCACUCAACGCGCAAAGAAACAAUACUCGACGAUCCCGCCACUGCCGAAGUUCCCACAGCUUCACCAAGAAAGGCUCAGCAGAUAGCAAAGAGAAGGAUAGAAACGAGGUGUCCCGACUAGAAUUCCAUUCAACUACAGCCCUUUUUUUUUUUCGAAACCCCAAGGAAAAACGACAACAAUGGCCCGCAACACCCUCCUAUCCCGUCUCCUCCUCCUCGCCGUCCUCGCCAUCCUCGCGCCGCUUGCGGCGGCCCAACUCUCAAUCUACACGGGCUCCGACAAGUACAAGUACCAAGGCUGCUACAACGAGACAAACGACCUCCCCAACACGGCCCACGACCGCGCCCUCUCGGGCGGCGCAUCCAAGGUCAUGGAGGGCAACAUGACGGUGCCGCUGUGCCUCAGCUUCUGCAGCACCGGCGCCGAUAAGCAGUACAACUACGCAGGCGUCGAGUAUUCUCGCGAAUGCUGGUGCGCCCAGAGAAUCUCGGGCCUGGCGGUCAAGCUCGACGAUAGCCAGUGCAAUCUGCCCUGCGACGGCAACCAGGGCAUGGUCUGCGGCGGCGCGCUCAAGUUGAGCGUGUACAUGGUCAGCGCCGGCUUGCGAUCGUCGCCAGCAGCCGCAUCGUGGGCCGCGGUUUUCGUGGGCGGCUUGGCGACGUCCAUGUUGCUGUAAAAUGUGAUGACCUGAUGAUGAGGUGUCUUGGUGGUGAUGGGAUAGCCUCUUCGAAGGACAAAAGAAUGGUUACACGACAGCAGCGUUUUAUUGUUUCUUGGAGGAUACCCCCUGUUUUGUGUGCAUUUGGCCUAUAGAAUCUCUGAAUUGAUGACUUU